UUUUUUUUCUCUCUCUUUUUUCCUUCUAAUUUUUAGCUUCUAACUCAUUUUCUCCUGUUUCAAAUUGAGAUUUUUUAUUCAGAAUGCCAAUGAAGGAAUUGCUAGAAUGCAAGCAUCCAACUGCCUGGAUUGAGUUUGAAAAGGGUCUUAUCACUGAGGAUGAGCUAGCUAUGAAAUUCUUUAAGGAUGGAAGAUCUUUUGAUUUGGAAGGCCUCAAAAACUGUCUGAGAAGUGCAUGUUCCUACAUUGAAGGUGUUGAAGGAUUAUUGAAUUCUUUAAAAGAAAAUGGUUAUGAAAUUCAUGCUUUCACAAAUUUUCCCAUAUGGUACCAAAUAAUUGAGGACAAGCUAAAACUCUCAAAUUACCUAUCUUGGACAUUUCGUUCUUGUGUAUUUGGAAAACGGAAGCCUGAUCCUGAGUUUUAUUUGGAAGUUGUAAAGCAUCUUAAUGUAGAAGCUUCCAACUGUGUUUUUAUUGAUGACAGGAUGAGGAAUGUUGAAGCUGCAGUUGAAAUAGGACUCAAAGGCCUUCGAUUCAAGAAUGUGGAUUUGUUGCGGAAGGACUUGUGUCUUCUUGGUGUCGAUGUUUCAACAAACGAAAAUUCAGAUUUGGCCGAUGUUUAUCAUAAAAUUAUAUGCUAAAUGAUCAAUUAUCUGUUUGUUAGCUUAAGAAAGGUGUUUUUUUGAUAAGGUAAUAGA